AUGGACAGUCGUGCUGCGGAACUUAUUCUCCGCGAACGGGACAUUUUCCCAUCUGGUUCCGAGAACAUACUGUUGCUGAACAACUCUUUCGUUCUGGAAAUGUUCUUUAGGAUAACGCAGCUGUAUCACUUUAAGAACUUUAUCUUUUACAUAUCCGAGAGGCUGGACCUUAAGAACAAGGACUCCCAGGAGUUCUUUCACGACUUCUGGACCUACUUUCCAAUGGCUCCCAAUUUGAUUAUCACUCGGGAACACCAGGUGGCCACACCGAUGAUGCAGUUCAUCAGCACUCCAUCGCUGGUGAUGAUUUUCACAACGGGCAAAGAGGAUCCCAUAAUGGAGGUGGCUGCUCAGAGUCUGCGAGGGAUUCGCUGGCUAAAGACGAUAUUCAUACUCUUCCCCAGCAUCGAAAGUAGGGAGUUCGACUCGAGUCUGGAGUCAUUUGCCCACUUUAAGGCUGGGAUCAAGAACAUCUACGAUUGGGUGUGGAGCAAGCAGUUCAUCAACACCUUGUUGGUCACCAUCAAGGAUAGUGUCUUUGUGCUGGAUCCCUAUCCCACGCCAUUGGUGGUUAACAAGACGGGCGAAUGGAGGGCUGAGGAUUUCUUCCAGAAGUAUGCCAAGAAUAUGAAGGGCUAUGUGGUAAGAACACCCAUCUUGUACGAUAUGCCAAGGGUCUUUAAAUCGGAUAGGCCCACCAAUAGAUAUGAAAAGAACUUUGUCCACGGCACCAGUGGUAGUUUAUUCCUGGGUUUCCUUGAGUUCGUCAAUGCCACUCUUUUGGAUACCAGUGUAAAUAUGACAGUUGGCUAUUUGAAUAUGACAGACCUGCUGGACUUGGUCGCCCAAGGAGUGUACGAGACCCUCAUCCACUCCUUCACCGAAAUAACCACCAAGUAUGUGGUCAGCUAUAGCUAUCCCAUUGGCAUCAACGACUGCUGCAUCAUGGUGCCCUUUCGGAAUCAAUCCCCCGCAGAUCAGUACAUGCGGGAGGCUCUCCAAAAUAAUGUUUGGAUACUAAUCAUCCUAUUUACUCUAUAUAUAGCUUUGGCUAUUUGGCUGUGUUCGCCCCUGAGACCUCGUGACCUCAGCGCCGCCUUCCUGCAGUCCAUCUGCACUCUGACCUACAGUGCGCCCACCUUCAUCAUUCGAACGCCAACGCUGCGUAUGCGCUAUCUGUACAUUGUGCUGGCCAUCUGGGGCAUAGUCACCUCGAAUCUGUACAUUUCCCGGAUGACCAGCUACUUCACCACUGCCCCACCGCAACGGCAGGUGAACACGGUGCAGGAUGUGGUGGAGGCGAACCUGCGUAUCAAAAUGCUGGCCGUCGAGCAUGAAAGGAUGGCCAAAUCACCGCUUCAAUAUCCAGAGAGCUAUAUGCGCCAGGUGGAUUUGGUGGACAAACACAUGCUGGACCUGCAUCGCGACCCAUUCAACACCUCCUUUGGCUACACGGUGAGCAGCGACCGCUGGCGAUUCCUGAACAUGCAGCAGCUGCAUUUGUGGAAACCGAUCUUCCGGUUGACCGACAUCUGCGAGGGUCCCUUCUACCAUGUCUUUCCCAUGCACCGGGACUCCCACCUGCGCUCGCCCAUGACCGAGUACAUCAUGAUCGCCCAGCAGGCGGGCCUCAUGAACCACUGGAAGCGCGAGGCUUUCUGGGAGGCAGUGCACCUCCACCGCAUCCAGGUGCAUCUCUUCGACGAGGAGCCUAUUGCCCUGACCCUUGACUUCUUCGUCAGCGUUCUGCGCACCUGGACCUUGGGUCUCAUUCUGUCCGGACUGGCUUUUGCCGCCGAGAUGAAGUGGCACGAGCACGUUACCCACAAGCGGCGACCUGUCAUUGGACUGACCCGCAAGCCAAGGUCGUUUCUCCGGCGAUUCAUGAAAUUGUGA